AAUUAAGGAGAAGGGGUAUCGUGUCCACGAAGAACAUGGGAGGGUGGAUUUUGGCGCGAAUUAUGAUAAGUUAGAAAAACAAGUAAACUAGUCGUUGAUGAGAGAGAGAAUAUAUGUAUGUGACGAGCACGAUUUAUCGCGGCCUCUUUCUUCCCUCUUCCCUUCCCUUCAAUUCCGCUUCUUUUUAUAACCAAAACAAAACAAACAACCAACCUACCCCCUCUCUCUCUAGAAACUUAUUCAUCUGUACGUACAUAAUCAAAACUCUGAUUACGUUUAUAUCCAACAAUAUAAUCGCAAUAGGUUUUGUUUGAUCCAAUUCGUGGAUUCUAUGGAGUUUAUAGGUGCAAUUAGGUUUCAAUAUUUAUAAAUUGAGUAUUGGAUCGUACAAUUUUGUUUGAAUUGGAUGAGAUGCAGGACGAAAAGAUGCAUUUUAACAAGCUCGAUGAUUCUCCCAUGUUUCGACAACAGAUUCAACGUUUGGAAGAAAGUGCUGAGACACUACGGGAGAAAAGCUUAAAGUUUUACAAAGGAUGUCGUAAGUACGCUGAUGGACUUGGAGAAGCGUAUGACAGAAUUCUUUAUUACGCAAGUGCUCUUGAAAUAUUUGGAGGAAGUGAUGAUGAUCCAAUUUGUGUUUCAUUUGGAGGACCUGAUAUGACCAAAUUUGCGUAUACAUUGAGGGAGAUUGCAACAUACCAGGAGGUCCUUCGUGUAAAGCUUGAGCAUGGUUUAACUGCUAAACUAUUUGAAUUAGCCAAUGAUGACCUACAAGAAGUUAAGGAAGCUAGAAGACGUUUUGACAAGGCCAAUGUUACCUAUGACCAGGUUCGUGAGAAGUAUUUAUCACUCCGGAAAAGCACCAGGAUAGAUAUAGCUGCAGCCGUAGAGGAGGAAAUGUCCAGUGCAAGAUUAGCCUUUGAGGAAGCCCGGUUUAAUUUGAUUGGCGCUCUUUCCACUGUUGAGGCAAAGAAGAGGUUUGACUUUCUUGAGGCCUUUAGUGGAACGGUGGAGGCUCAUCUUCGUUAUUUUAAACAAGGGUAUGAGCUAUUGCAUGAAAUGGAGCCUUUUAUGAAACAGGUUUUGUCUAAUGCACAACAUUCAAAGGAAGGUUUCAUCAAAGAGCAGGCAGAUCUCAGUGCAAAAAUACAAGAGUACAAAAAGAAUAUUAAUCAAGAUAAGUGCCCUUUACCUGGGUCGCACCAAUCUUUAAAUGGAGACGGCACUCAACCUAUCCCUAGAACUUCUCAAAAGGAGAUAGAGGCGGUUAUGCAAUCAACUUCAGAAGGGAAGGUUCAAACAAUCAAACAAGGAUAUCUUUCAAAACGAUCAUCUAAUCUGCGGGCUGACUGGAAGAGAAGAUUCUUUGUUCUCGAUAGCAGAGGAAUGUUGUACUACUAUCGCAAACAGUGGAGCAAGUUAUCUGUACCUGGGGCCCCAUCUGCACAAAAGCCAUCUGAAACUGGUCCUGGGCUGCUAAGUAGGUGGCUGUCUUCUCAUUAUCAUGGUGGUGUGCAUGAAGAAAAGGCUGUUGCACGUCACACAGUGAACUUGAUGACAUCAACAAUAAAGGUCGACGCGGAGCAGUCAGAUUUAAGGUUCUGCUUCAGGAUUAUAUCACCAACAAAAAAUUACACCUUGCAGGCUGAGAGUGCACUGGAUCAGAUGGACUGGAUUGAGAAAAUAACAGGAGUCAUUACGUCGUUGUUAAGCUUCCAACCGCUCGACAAGUUUCUCCCUUGUAGUCCAACCAGUGGAAGCAGUUCUCCUGGAAGUCCCUCCCGUCAGAAUCUUCAAGCAAACGAAGAACAUACUUGUGCAAAGAAUCCUGUUUCAAGAAAUGUGAUACGUACAUCUAGAAGUUCCCAACAGCUACCUUACACUGCAAAAGGCGGGAAGCCGGUUGAUGCAUUAAAGAGUUUACCUGGAAAUGAUAAAUGUGCCGACUGUGGUGCACCUGAACCUGAAUGGGCUUCUUUGAACCUUGGAGUUCUAAUCUGCAUCGAGUGUUCUGGUGUGCACCGUAAAAUUGGUGUGCAUAUAUCUAAGGUUAGAUCCUUAACUCUUGAUGUAAAAGUGUGGGAGCCUUCUGUUAUAACUUUAUUUCUGGCUCUCGGGAAUGUCUUUACGAACUCAAUUUGGGAGGGACUGAUACAAUCAAGCAAGACUUAUCAAGCUGAUGAACUGCCAAAGAGGUUUCCUGAUUUCCAAAGACACAAAAAAUUCUUUUCCAAGCCUAGUCAUAAAGAUCACAUAUCAGCAAAAGAGAAAUUCAUUCAAGCAAAGUAUGCAGAAAAACGUUUUGUUCACAAAGUGAAGGACACUCGCAAGAUCCUCUCAGUUGCACAUCAGUUAUGGGACUGUGUUCGGAUGAAUGACAUAAAAUCGGUGUACCGCCUUAUCGUGAUCUGUGAAGUAGAUAUCAAUGCUCUCCAUGGACAAGCCUUACCCACUACAUUUCCAUCUCUAGACAAUAUAAUGAAAUUGGAAGAUCAGUCACCAAAUCUUGAGGGAAGCUUUGAUUCCUCAUCUCGUGAAUCUUUCAAAAGUUCUCACAGCUCUUUUAGCUCACUAAAAGAAAAUGACGAUGAGAUCAUUGAUGAAUUUCUUGAUGGUUGUUCUCUGCUUCACCUUGCUUGUCAAACUGCUGACAUUGGCAUGGUAGAACUACUCUUACAGCAUGGAGCUCACAUAAAUGCUCCUGAUACUAGGGGUCAGACAUCACUGCAUCACAGUAUUAUAAGAGGAAAAAAUGUGAUUGCGAAACUGCUUCUUACGAGAGGAGCUGAUCCACUAGCUGUUGAUUCUGAAGGUGCAACUCCUCUUCAGCUUUACUCUAAAUGCGCUUUAGAUGAUGUUGAAUUACUUGCUCUUUUACAAAAUACUAGGAGAUAAUGAAGGUUUUUUAAAGGCAGCCCCUUAAAGUCCCCAGAUCAGGAUGUCUGUAUCUCGGGGAAUAUUUUUGCAAAUUAUGAAAGUUACAGCUCAAGGGACUGUGGACAUCUACCCUCAAGACCUAUGCUGCAGAUUCACGUCCACUGGAUUGAGAACUUGGCAGAAGUAAUGCAUGAGCUGCUUCAUCUUUUAAAUAUCAAUACCGGUCUUUACUUUACCCAACAUGGGGGUUAGAUAGCUGUAGAUUUAGGGAAUUAGUUGUUGACAUGUUGUACAUACAUUAUAUGAGCUUAGUGUUUCCGGCCUUUCAAAAAUGAAACUUUUUAGAAGUCAGAACCAAAAGAUGAAAUUGAUGCGGAACAGGGGCGUCAAAUCCUUCAUUCAUGGUGUCAUUACAUGUAUAUCUGUAGCAUUAUGCAGUUAGAUGUCUUAUUGUUAUUA